CUUUAAACACGUGACUUGUUCUACUUCCGUGAGCCACAAUAACAGAAGCCUUUGACUUGUUUCCCGUUUGAAUUGACUCCCGUGUCGUCUAAGUGUGUUCUGCCGUUGAGAGUGUAUCGUAUCAUCGUAAAAAUGAAGCUGCAGUGUUUAAUCGCGCUGACUCUCUGCGUGGGAGUAAUGGCGGGGAAAUACUCCCGUGAACUGAACGAGGCGAGCCCGCAGGACAGUGAUGGCGAGAAGGUGGAGUUCAGGAUAUCGAAGCUGAACCAGGUGUGGGAGAAAGCAAAACGGAUGCAGAUGCCCCCUGUGCGACUCGCUGAGCUGCACAGUGACCUGAAGAUCCAGGAGAAAGAUGAGAUGCAGUGGAAAAAGAUGAAAGUGGAGGGGUUGGACGAAAAUGGGGAAAAAGAGGCUCAGCUCAGACGAAACUUCAAUGUGAUCCUGGCAAAGUAUGGCAUGGAUGGGAAAAGGGACACACGGCCACUGGAGACAAACUCCUUGAAGGAUCACGACACCAAAGAGACAGACAUGUUUGAUGAUCCCAGACUGGACAAACUUUGGAAUAAGGCCAGUAGCUCUGGCAAGUUCUCUGACGAGGAGCUGCUGAGUCUGAAGAGAGAGUUUCAGCACCACAAAGAGAAGAUCCACGAGUACAAUAUCCUCAUGGACACCAUCACCAGGACCGAGGAAAUCCACAAGAAUGUGAUCUCCCCGUUGGAGGGUGACACUAAAGAGCACGCACUGCACCAGAAGCACACGGACCUGAAGGAGAAAAUGAGAGACCUCAACCAGGGCUUCGAGCGUCUCCGCAAGCUCAGCCACGAGGGCUUCACAGAAGACAGCGAGUUUCGGGAGCCCCGCGUGAUUGAGUUGUGGGAAGCUGCCAAAAGAGCCAACCUCAGCAAAGACGAGCUGGACUCUCUCAAGGAGGAGCUGCGUCACUUUGAGACCAAGGUGGAGAAACACAGCCAUUACCAGGAGCAACUAGAGCUGUCGCACCAGAAGCUGCGACACGUGGAGGCUCUGGGAGACAAGGAACACAUCAAGAGGAACCAGGACAAGUACAACACGCUGGCUGAAAAGACCAGGGACAUGGGCUACAAGAUGAAAAAACAUUUGCAGGACCUGUCCAACAAGAUCUCUCGCCAGGGACUUCAGCACAAUGAGCUCUGAGAGGCUCCAUCAGGAUGACUGGUAGAAGCAUAAUGAACUAAUCAGACACACACACAGAUCCACCAUUCCUUUGCAUCCACUGUAAAAAGAGUCUGUUUUUCUACUUUUCUAGUGAAUGGAGCAUAUGAGUAUGUACAAACUGUGAGAUUUCUUACUCAUGAGAUAACCGUGAUAUUAGAAGUAUUAAGUAUUGCUCAUUCUUUGUACCACCGGUUCAUACGACUGAUGUUUCUUAAACAAAGUUAGUUAAACAAAGUCCAGUAGAGUGGAGGAUGUUGUUUAGUAAUGGGAGGCAGCACUAAAAUUCUCUCCUAACCAAGUGAAGUAUUUUAGCAGCUUUGUGGUCAUUUCAGCUCUACUAAGUGCACAAGGUGUUCAUCCUAUAAAAAUACUGCCCAGACAGUUUGUCCACACUUGUCUGUCAUUAGCUGUUCAAAUGAAAACAGGUCCUAUAUCACUACUGCAGCGCCUCAUACUUUGGUUUGCUGGAAUCGUGUUACAUGUGUGGUAUUAUAAUAAUGAUUCAAGUAAAAAGCACUGAAACAGCAAUCUUUAAUAUUCACUAAUACAGUAGCCAACAAUGUAGAAACAGUAUUUAAAAAUAUAAUUUCACAUCAUUCUUAUUGUCUUGCCAUAAAUAAAAGUUACUAUUUACACAUCCUGUAAAGAGAAUCAGUCCCUUCAGUGAUAAUAAUAGGCUGCUCUUGGUAAAACCUUUUCUUAUUCAUUCUUUGACACACACCCCUCCCCUCCCCCCACCUCCUCAGAGUCUCUGGUGCCAAACAGAAACCAUAAAAAUAAAUUAGCUUCAAAUAUUGGACAAUUUGUCCUGAUGAUAUCAAGAGAGCGAUGAGAAAUGGGAACACACAGCGCUUUUCCAUUCAUCAGCUCCUGCCCUCUUGCAGACCAGAAGCAGAGACAUUGAUUACUGUGAUGAAUAGUGUUGCAGCUUGGCUGAUUACUCAGUCCUGUUCUGGCCGAGAAACACGGGCCCGGAUUAAUGUCAUUUACGUCUGACAUUGUAAGAUGCUUAUUUUAAUGUGAUCCGUUUAAGCUGCCAUGUGGAAUGAUGGGCGAGCCAGCUGAGACGGUCAAACGUAAGUGUGAUGAGAGGGCCUGGAUCAUGUGCGCUCAUAUUCUGUGUGAACCUGAGACAAACCGUACCAGUACCAGUGAUAGCUGCAAGCAGUUCUCCAGCCAAACAGGAAGUCGAACUAAGCAGAGUGUCUAAGAAAGAAAUGAGAAAAAAAGUAACAAUGCCAUGCAAACAUACUAUUUAGCUGUUGAGCAUUAGGGACAGUAUAAAAACAUAUUUCUGACUUUUAAAUUUGAGCUAACGUUCACUGUGGUGCUACACCCUAAGAUUCCACCUGACCCUGUUUUCAUAAACAAAAAUGUUGAUGACACAAACAUGAGACGAGAUCAAUUCUGGAGAAAUACGUACGUAAAUUUGUGCCUGAUCCUCAUUAGUACCUGUGUGUGUGUAUGACUGCAGUGAGGAAACAGUUCCUAUGAAGGGCAGCACUAAAGUAGACGGAGGACAAAUCAAACUACACAUAUACAACAUUGUACUAACAACAUCCAGCUGCAUAAGAGACGUACCAGACAGUUCCUAUUCCCAAUUUACUCUAACUGGAAUGAAUUGCAGGAAUUUCUGUAAAACAAAGUAUGAGGACCAAGUGCUUUUAGCGCCUGGCGUCGUCUUGGCGACGCAGGGAACUGGCAGCGAGCGAGGACUUUAAGUGUCAUGGAGUCAGUGCGGUGGCCCUCGCCGCCUGCUCUCCAGCUGAGUCAGUCUGUCCUCCCUGCCCUGAGCGUGCUCCGCCCCCACUCGCCCGGCCGUUUCCAUGGCAGCGACGUUGAGGUGGGCGUACCUGCUGGAGCCCUCUCCUGGUCAGGAAAUCAGCGGUAAAAGGGGGAAGAUCAGAAAGCGCGUUUACACGGUGCGACACCUGCUUUUCAACUCAACGCUGACAAAAGCGAGAGCAGCAUGUGUGUGUGUGUGUGUGUGUGUGUGUGUGUGUGUGUGUGUGUGUGUGUGUGUGUGUGUGUGUGUGUGUGUGUGUGUGUGUGUGUGUGUGUGUGUGUGUGUGUGUGUGUGUGUGUGUGUGUGUGUGUGUAAUGUUCUGUUACUCUGACCUUGUACUGACUGUAUAUAUACUACACUUUCCCAACUGAUAUGUUGAUCUGUGAUGUGAAAAAUGAUUGUUAUUCACACUUGAGAAUUAUCAGUCUUUUCAACAGUGAUGAAAUUUGAUCACCAUCACGCUAAAAUUUAAAAUGUGUGAUCAGGUUUAAAUAGCAAUAGAAAUCAAAUACACAUUUUUCAAGAAA